UUCAGUGGCGCUAGCAGCGGACCGGGCUGGCAGUUCCUGCCUCGGAAGGAGAGAUUCCUCUGCUAUGGAGUCCUACGAUGUGAUCGCCAACCAGCCUGUUGUGAUCGACAAUGGAUCGGGUGUGAUUAAAGCUGGUUUUGCUGGUGAUCAGAUCCCUAAAUACUGCUUUCCAAACUAUGUGGGCAGACCCAAGCAUGUUCGUGUCAUGGCAGGAGCCCUUGAAGGUGACAUCUUCAUUGGCCCCAAAGCUGAGGAACACCGAGGGCUGCUAUCGAUCCGCUACCCCAUGGAGCAUGGGAUCGUCAAGGACUGGAAUGACAUGGAGCGAAUUUGGCAAUAUGUUUAUUCUAAAGACCAGCUGCAGACUUUCUCAGAAGAGCAUCCUGUGCUCUUGACCGAGGCACCUUUAAACCCAAGGAAAAACCGGGAACGAGCUGCCGAAGUUUUCUUUGAGACCUUCAACGUGCCAGCUCUCUUCAUCUCCAUGCAAGCUGUUCUUAGCCUUUACGCCACAGGCAGAACCACAGGUGUGGUAUUGGAUUCUGGGGAUGGCGUCACCCACGCAGUGCCCAUUUAUGAGGGCUUUGCCAUGCCUCACUCUAUCAUGCGCAUCGACAUUGCUGGCCGAGAUGUCUCUCGCUUCCUCCGCCUCUACCUGCGUAAGGAGGGCUAUGAUUUCCACUCAUCCUCUGAGUUUGAGAUUGUCAAGGCCAUAAAAGAGAGAGCCUGCUACCUGUCCAUAAACCCCCAGAAGGAUGAGACACUAGAGACAGAGAAGGCCCAGUACUACCUGCCCGACGGCAGCACCAUUGAGAUUGGUCCCUCCCGAUUCCGGGCCCCGGAACUAUUGUUCAGGCCAGACUUGAUUGGCGAGGAGAGCGAAGGCAUCCAUGAGGUCCUGGUGUUUGCCAUCCAGAAGUCUGACAUGGACCUGCGGCGCACACUUUUCUCCAACAUUGUCCUCUCAGGAGGCUCCACCCUGUUCAAAGGUUUUGGUGACAGGCUACUGAGUGAAGUGAAGAAACUGGCUCCAAAAGAUGUGAAGAUCAGGAUAUCUGCACCUCAGGAGAGACUGUAUUCCACAUGGAUUGGAGGCUCCAUCCUUGCCUCCCUGGACACCUUUAAGAAGAUGUGGGUCUCCAAGAAGGAGUAUGAAGAAGACGGCGCUCGAUCCAUCCAUAGGAAAACCUUCUAAUGUUGAGAGAUCAUUUCACCUCUCUCUGAAGUUAACUCAACUUUAAAACUCGCUUUCUUGAGUUGGAGUGUUUGCGAGGAACUGCCUGUGUGUGUGAGUAUGUGUGUGGGUACGAGUGUGUGUGCAUAUGGGAGUACCGUGUGACCCAGGGAUUCCUGGGCCCAGAAAGGACAAUGAACUACCCACGAUGGCGAUGGCCUGAGGCCUGGGGUUGACCACUAACUGGCCCCUGACAGGGAAGAGCUCUGGCAGAGGCCCCACUCCUUCCUCAGCUGGGCUUUGUCUGGCUGUGUGGGACUACAGUUAACACCAUAGGGAGACCUUGCUGCUGCCCAUCCUAGGCUGGGCUGGCCCCACCCCACCCCCAGGAUACCCUGAGGUCUGAGGCAGCUUCUGCCUUCCCUUCUCAGCAUUCUGCCAUCGACGCCUCUGGAUCACGGACUGAGGACUGGGGCUGGAGUUGAGUUCUGUCUGGUUUUGUUGCAGUUUGGGUUUGGGAGGCUGGAAUCUAAGCUGUUGCAGAGAUUCUGGGGUCAGGAGAGUACCCUCACAUCCACCAGGGGACAAGGACCACACUGGGCAUUUGAGGGCAAGAGUUGUGCCACCUCUGAUUAGCUGCAGACUUAAUGCUCCGAGCUGUAGUCCACCUAGGGAGUCUUGAGAGGGGUUAAGGGGCCUGUUGGCUCCAGGCCCUUGUUCCCAUGCCAUCUUAACCGUUUAUUUAUUGGGUGUUUGUUCAGUAAGGGGACUGCAAGGAGUAGCUGCCUCCUGCCCACCAGUCACCCUGCUCACACUGAUGUUUACAACACUAGACUUAGUAUAGUAUCCAGGGCCCUCCAUUCCCUGCUGAGGGUGAGCUGACGAUAUCCAUAGACCUUGGGACCCUUUGGGAUUGUAGCCUACGCUCAAAGACAGCCCACCAGCCUCUUUCAUCCUCCCUGCACUUGCUCACUGCCCUGGAACCAACAGGCUGGUUGCUAGUUAGAUUUUCUGAAACAGGAGGUAGUAUCAGAGGCAGAGGCCCCUUGAAGGGAGGGGUGUUGGAGAUCCAGUUCCCUUAGGUCUGGAGAAAGCUGCAGUUAACCAAAAGUUGUCUUUUGCCAUUCCAGCUGCGGAAAUUAGGUUCAAGGGCAGGAAGUUCCCCUCUGGGUUGAUCAUGUGCCACUCCUGACUUUAGGCCUGUUUGUGAAGGAAGUUGAGGGUAAGUGGUCAAAGUGCCAGGAGCUGAUGAGCUCAGGCCCGACCCCUAGCAGUAGUCCAAGGGCCUUCAGCCCAGGUGCUGCAAAGCUGGGGCAAGUCUGUCUUCCCCGGCACCCUCACCUGUGACACUAAGUCUCACCCCAGUACCGGAUUCCAGGCAGUAUUCUGCCCCCAUGCCGUCCUAUGACCAAAGGCCCCUGCCAGAUGUGGGCCAAAGUAGGUGUGUGUGAAAGCGAUGUGGCGACCUGUGGUCUGCAGUGCGCUUAACUAGCUCACCUCCCUUCUCUUAGCCCAAGCCUGCCCCUUGCACAGCCUCACACAAACCACGUUGCCUGGUGGGGCCCAGUGUACUUAAAUAAAGUUGUUCCAAUAGACACAUCAGGUGGGCCUCUGUCUGUGGCCAGAACUGGGUGGGAAGAAGGGGAAGCCAAAAGCUCUGAAAAUGAGGUGGACACUGGGCCUGGUCUGAUCUCUAGCAAGCAAAUCAUUGCACCACUCACAAAUGGCCGGGCCCCAGCCUGUCAGGUGGGUAAAAAGAAAAUGAUCUUUAGACCAAAACCCAGACUCAAGAUCCUACAGGCAAGACUCAACUCCAAAUAACGGGAGUGGCUCUUGACAACCCUGAAGUCAGAGGUUUUCAAAAUUUUCAUGUGUAUAAAAUACUUGGGAGUUUAUUAAAAUUCAGGGCCCACGUAGAUAUUCUGGUUAAUCAUUUCUCCCAUUUUGAACAUACACUUGGGAAGAAAUUGCCAGGUACCUACCAAAUAUUAACUUUUUUUUUUUGGUGGGACUAGGGGUUGAAUCCAGGGCUUUGAAAUUGCAA